AUAAUUGAUCGAGGUUUUCAAGUUGUUUUGAAUCGGAAAAUAAUCUUGUUGAUUAUUUUUCAAGACAGAAGAAAUAUUCAUUUAAAAACAGUAAAUGAUCCAGUGAAAACCACCUCCGCUGAUUAUUAUAUUUUAUGGCAAAUUGUGUAAACAAGAACAAUUUUGCUGAAUUCUGAAUAUGCCAGCCAGUGGCGCACUCAAGAAGUGUUUCCCACAAAGUAAAUCGGAUGAAAUGGAAAUGAACUGUGAUAAAUGUGAAAACAAAUUGGAGGACUUCGUCGUGUUAUGCGAUGGAUUAUGCAAGCGGAGAUUUCAUCCAAAUUGUGCCAAUUUAGCGGAUGAUGCGUGGACAACGAUAUCACAUGCUACAAAUGCAAAAUGGUACUGUAAUCAGUGCCUGUUGUACAUCGAAUUGAUUUUGAAAAAUGGUAUAAACAUAGCUGAAAUAAAAAAACUAUUUGAAGAAAAAAUUGUUGAUAUUGAAAACAAGUUAACUGCUACAAAAAAUGCUAAGCAGAAUGCGAAAACAAAAACUUAUGCGCAAGCUACAGGAGAGGUGUUGGUGAUAAAACCUAAACGAAAGCAGGAAAGUUCAAUUACUAAAGAAGCCCUAAUGAAAUCUUGCAACCCUGCUACUUUAGAGGUAGGAAUAACCCAAGUUAAAAACAUCAAAGAAGGUGGAAUCCUGAUCAAAUGCAACAGCAAAGAAGAAGUUGAAAAAAUAAGAUCUGCAACUGAGAAGAAAUUAAAAAGAAGUUACGAUAUAAGUCUGCCAAACCAAAUAAAUCCAAGGAUUAAAAUAGUAGGAAUAGAGGAAGAUAUGGAUAAAGAAACAAUUGAGGAAAUGAUUAGAAAACAAAAUGCGUGCCUUAUCAAAGAACAUCACCUUUUAGAUGUGAAAAUAAUCAAGAAGAUGAGAACUAGAUAUAUGGCCAUUGCAGAAUGCGAUCCUUCGUGUUUUAGUCUUCUUGUCGAGAGUGGAAAAUUGAGUAUAGGAUGGUCCAGAUGCAGUGUGUAUGAAUAUGUACCAGUAUUCAGAUGCUACAAAUGUGGAAAUUUUGAUCACAAGGCCAGUGAGUGCACAGAAGAAGAUAGAUGCCUACUUUGUACGUCAGUAAGUCACAAAACUGAAAAUUGUAAUGAGAAAGUCAAGUGUCAUAAUUGUGUAUUAAUGAAUGAAAAGUUUUCACUAAAAUUGAAUGUAGAACAUAAUAUAUUUGAUUUGAAUUGUUCAGUAUAUUUAAGGAAAGUUGAGGCGAAAAGAAAAUAUAUCAAAUUACCUGUUAAUAAUAGUCAAUAACAAUUAAAAAUAACCAAAACGGACAACCUCAUCAUAAUGCAUCAAAAUAUAAAUUCUCUGAGAAAUAAAUUAGAUUCACUUGAAAUAUUUCUGAUGGAUGAGGAAAUUGAUGUACUUUGUCUUACAGAACAUCAUUUAACAGAGGAACUGUCAGGGUAUAUAUC